UGAAUGAGCCGGCGGGGGGACGGCGGACCCGGCGCCGGCCUUCCCCUCGGUGACAGCGCGGCGGCGGCGGCGGCGGCGCGGGACGGGGGACAGGAUGAACCGGGCCAAGCCCGCGACCGUGCGCAGGCCCAGCGCGGCGGCCAAGCCGUCAGGGCACCCUCCACCGGGAGACUUCAUUGCUCUGGGCUCCAAGGGUCAGGCCAAUGAAUCCAAAACGGCGUCCACUCUGCUGAAGCCUGCCCCUUCCGGCCUGCCUUCCGAGCGCAAGCGGGACGCUGCAGCCGCCUUGGCGGGUGCCUCGGCCCUGACCGGCCUCACCAAGCGCCCCAAGCUCUCCUCCACGCCCCCGCUGAGUGCCCUGGGGCGCCUGGCUGAGGCUGCUGUGGCAGAAAAGCGUGCUAUCUCUCCGUCCAUUAAAGAGCCAUCUGUGGUCCCAAUUGAAGUGCCACCCUCCGUGCUGCUGGAUGAGAUCGAGGCUGCUGAGCUGGAGGGCAAUGACGGCCGGAUCGAGGGCGUGCUGUGUGGGGCGGUGAAGCAGCUGAAGGCCACCCGUGCCAAGCCCGAUGGCGCGCUGUACCUGAGCCUCAUGUAUCUGGCCAAGAUCAAGCCCAACAUCUUUGCCACAGAGGGUGUCAUUGAGGCUCUGUGCAGCCUCCUGCGGCGGGAUGCCUCCAUCAACUUCAAGGCCAAGGGGAACAGUCUGGUAUCUGUGUUGGCCUGUAAUCUACUCAUGGCUGCGUAUGAGGAGGAUGAGAACUGGCCUGAGAUCUUUGUCAAGGUGUACAUCGAAGACUCCUUGGGGGAGCGGAUCUGGGUGGACAGCCCGCACUGCAAGACCUUUGUGGACAACAUCCAGACAGCAUUUAACACCAAGAUGCCUCCCAAGAGCAUGCUUCUGCAGGGGGAGGUGGGGCGCAGCGGCGGGGAUCUCAGUGCUGGGAGCAGCCCUCAUCCUUCCCUCACGGAGGAGGAGGACAGCCAGACGGAGCUCCUGAUCGCUGAGGAGAAGCUCAGCCCUGAGCAGGAGGGCCAGCUCAUGCCCAGGCCUAGGUACGACGAUCUCACAGAAAGUGUGGAGGAGUACGUCCUUGACAUGCUCCGUGACCAGCUUAACCGGCGCCAGCCCAUCGACAAUGUCUCACGGAACCUCCUGCGGCUCCUCACCUCCACCUGUGGGUAUAAGGAGGUGCGGCUGAUGGCAGUCCAGAGACUGGAGAUGUGGCUGCAGAACCCCAAGCUGACCAGGCCAGCCCAGGACUUGCUGAUGUCCGUGUGCAUGAAUUGCAACACGCAUGGUGUUGAGGACAUGGACGUUAUCUCCCACCUGAUCAAAAUCCGCCUCAAGCCGAAGGUUCUUCUCAACCACUACAUGCUGUGUGUCAGGGAGCUGCUGAGUGCGCACAAGGACAACCUGGGCACCACCAUCAAGUUUGUGGUCUUCAACGAGCUCUCCAAUGCCCGGAACCCCAACAACAUGCAAAUCCUCUACACGGUGCUACAGCAUAGCUCUGAGCUGGCGCCGAAGUUCCUGGCCAUGGUGUUCCAGGACCUGCUGACCAACAAAGACGACUAUCUGCGGGCCUCUCGGGCCCUGCUCCGGGAGAUCAUCAAACAGACCAAGCAUGAGGUCAACUUCCAGGCCUUCUGCCUCGGGCUCAUGCAGGAGCGCAAGGAGCCCCAGUACCUGGACAUGGAGUUCAAGGAGCGCUUUGUGGUGCAUAUCACAGACGUACUGGCUGUGGCCAUGAUGCUGGGCAUCACCGCCCAGGUGAAGGAGGCCGGCACCGCUUGGGACAAAGGCGAAAAGAAGAACCUCGAGGUGCUGCGCUCCUUCCAGAACCAGAUUGCGGCGAUCCAGCGAGAUGCCGUGUGGUGGCUGCACACCGUCGUCCCCUCCAUCAGCAAGCUCGCUCCCAAGGACUAUGUGCACUGCCUGCACAAAGUCCUCUUCACGGAGCAGCCAGAGACCUACUACAAGUGGGACAACUGGCCACCCGAGAGCGACCGCAACUUCUUCCUCCGCCUCUGCUCAGAGGUUCCCAUCCUGGAGGACACACUGAUGCGCAUCCUGGUUAUCGGGCUGUCCCGCGAACUCCCGCUUGGCCCCGCGGACGCCAUGGAGCUUGCUGACCAUCUGGUAAAACGAGCUGCGGCUGUGCAGGCAGAUGAUGUGGAAGUGCUGAAGGUGGAGAGGAUUCAGCUGAUUGACGCGGUCCUGAACUUGUGCACCUACCACCACCCCGAGAACAUCCAGUUGCCCCCUGGGUACCAGCCUCCGAACCUGGCCAUCUCCACCCUCUACUGGAAGGCGUGGCCCCUCCUGCUAGUGGUCGCAGCAUUCAACCCGGAGAACAUUGGCUUGGCCGCCUGGGAGGAGUACCCCACGCUGAAGAUGCUCAUGGAAAUGGUGAUGACCAACAACUACUCGUACCCUCCAUGCACCCUGACCGAUGAGGAGACCCGGACGGAGAUGAUUAAUCGGGAGCUGCAGACCUCCCAGCGGGAAAAGCAGGAGAUCCUGGCGUUUGAGGGCCAUCUGGCAGCGGCUUCCACCAAGCAGACCAUCACUGAGAGCAGCAGCCUUCUCCUGUCGCAGCUCACCAGCUUGGACCCUCAAGGACCGCCUCGGAGGCCUCCCCCCCACAUUCUGGACCAAGUGAAAAGUCUAAACCAGUCCCUGCGUCUCGGGCACCUGCUGUGCCGGAGCCGAAACCCAGACUUUCUCCUCAACAUCAUCCAGAGGCAGGCCUCCUCGCAGUCCAUGCCCUGGCUGGCCGACCUGGUGCAGUCCAGCGAGGGUUCGCUGGACGUGCUGCCUGUGCAGUGCCUGUGUGAGUUCCUGCUGCACGACGCGGCGGACGAUGCCACUUCUGGGGAGGAGGAGGAGGAGGGUGAGAGCAAAGAGCAGAAAGCCAAGAAGAGGCAGAGGCAGCAGAAGCAGCGGCAGCUGCUGGGCCGCCUGCAGGACCUGCUGCUAGGCCCCAAGGCUGAUGAGCAGACCACAUGUGAAGUGCUGGACUACUUUCUGCGGCGCCUCGGCUCCUCCCAGGUGGCCUCCAGGGUGCUGGCCAUGAAGGGCCUAUCCUUGGUGCUCUCGGAGGGCAGUCCGCGGGAUGGGGAGGAGAAGGAGCCCCCGAUGGAGGAGGACCCUGGGGACCCCGAGGCGCUACGGGGCUACCAGUGGCUGCUGCGCGACCUGCCCCGGCUGCCUCUGUUUGACAGCGUCAGGCCCACCACUGCCCUGGCACUGCAGCAGGCCAUUCACAUGGAGACCGACCCGCAGACCAUCAGUGCCUACUUGGUCUACCUGUCCCAGCAUACACCCGUGGAGGAGCAGGGCCAGCACAGUGACUUGGCACUGGAUGUGGCCCGGCUGGUCGUGGAGCGGUCCACCAUCAUGUCUCACCUCUUCUCGAAGCGCUCCUGCAGUGCUGAGUCGGACGCCGUGCUCGUCGCCUUGCUCUCCAUCUUCUCCCGCUAUGUGAGGCGCAUGCGCAAGAGCAAGGAAGGAGAGGAGGUGUACAGCUGGUCAGAGUCCCAGGACCAGGUCUUCCUCCGCUGGACCAGUGGGGAGACGGCCACCAUGCACAUACUGGUGGUGCACGCCAUGGUCAUCCUCCUGACACUGGGGCCACCCCGAGCUGGUGAUGGCGAGUUCCAGGCUCUGCUAGAUAUCUGGUUCCCGGAGAAGCAGCCUCUGCCCACAGCCUUCCUGGUGGACACGUCCGAGGAGGCCCUGCUGCUGCCCGAUUGGCUGAAGCUGCGCAUGAUCCGCUCAGAGGUCCCUCGCCUGGUAGACGCUGCCCUACAGGACCUGGAGCCCCAGCAGCUGCUGCUCUUCGUGCAGUCCUUCGGCAUCCCCGUGUCCAGCAUGAGCAAACUCCUCCAGUACCUGGACCAGGCAGUGGCUCAUGACCCCCAGACCCUGGAGCAGAACAUCAUGGACAAGAAUUACAUGGCUCACCUGGUUGAAGUUCAGCACGAGAGAGGAGCAUCCGGAGGCCAGACCUUCCAUUCCCUACUCACAGCCUCCCUACCACCACGACGAGACAGCACAGAGGCGCCAAAAUCCAAGAGCAGUCCGGAGCAGCCUUCGGGCCAGGGACGGACCCGGGCUGUGACCCAGGUGCGAGUGCUCGCCCCUGAGGAUGACCUGGCCGGCAUGCUCCUACAGAUCUUCCCGCUGAGCCCAGGCCCGCGGUGGCAGAGCUCUAGUGCCCGCCCUGCUGCUCUUGCGCUGCAGCAGGCCUUGGGCCAGGAGCUGGCACGAGUACGUCAGGGGAGCCCCGAGGUGUCAGGUGUCACAGUGCGACUCCUGCAGGCCAUCGCUACCCUGCUCAACUCCCCGCAUAGCGGAGCCCUGGUGAUGUCCAUGCACCGGAGCCACUUCCUUGCCUGUCCUCUGAUGCGCCAGCUCUGCCAGUACCAGCGCUGUGUGCCCCAAGAUACCGGCUUCUCAUCGCUCUUCCUCAAAGUGCUCAUGCAGACACUGCAGUGGCUAGACGGCUCCGCUGGGGAAGGGGGGCCCCUGCAGGCCCAGCUCAAGCUGUUUGCUGCCCAGUACUCAGCACGCCGCAGGAUCAGCGACGCACGGAGUGGGCUCCUGCGUCUGGCUGAGGCCCUGGCAUUCCGAGGGGACUUGGAGGUGGUCAGCUCCACUGUCCGGGCUGUAGUUGCCACCCUCAAGUCAGGAGAGAAGUGUGGUGUGGAGCCUGAGCUCGUCGGCAAAGUCCUCCGGGGUCUGAUUGAGGUGGGGUCGCCUCACCUGGAGGAACUGCUGGCUGCGCUCCUGGCCCCCGCCCCCAUGUCACCGACCUUGAGGCCUGUGGCAGUGGUGAGCUCCCUGCUGCUGCAAGACAAGGAGCCCCCAGUCCCAGGGGAGCCAGAAGCUGAUGGCAGCAGCUCAGAGGCUGUCCAGCUGGGACCCUGCUCAGGGCUCCUGGUCGACUGGCUGGAGAUGCUGGACCCUGAGGUGAUCAGCAGUUGCCCUGACCUGCAGCAGAGGCUGCUGUUCUUCCGGAACGAGGGCAAAGGUCAUCCGGGCCCCCAGGUGCCAUCCUUCCGACCUUACCUGCUGGCCCUCCUGACUCAUCAGUCCAGCUGGUCCACAUUGCACCAGUGUAUCCGCAUUCUGCUGGGCAAGAACCGGGAGCAGAGGUUUGACCCUUCAGCCUCUCUGGACUUCCUCUGGGCCUGCAUCCACGUUCCACGGAUCUGGCAGGGAAGGGACCAGCGCACCCCUCAGAAGCGGAGGGAGGAGCUGGUGCUGCGGGUCCAAGCGGCAGAGCUCAUCGGCCUGGUGGAGCUGAUCCUGGCAGAGGCAGAGGCCAGGAGCCAGGACGGGGACGCUGCUGCCUGCAGCCUCCUCCAGGCCCGGCUGCCCUUGCUGCUCAGCUGCUGCCGUGGACAUGACGAGAGCGUUAGGAAGGUGACCGUGCACCUGACGAGCUGCCUCCAGCAGUGGGGCGACAGUGUGCUGGGCAGGCGCUGCCGGGACCUGCUGGUACAGCUCUACCUGCAGUGGCCGGAGCUGCGGGUGCCCCUGCCUGAGGCCCUGCUGCACAGUGGAGGUGCCACUGGGAGCAGCACCUGCAAGCUGGACGGCCUCAUCCACCGCUUCAUCACCCUCCUUGCGGACACCAGUGACUCCCGGUCAUCAGAGAACAGAGUGGCCGAUGCUAACAUGGCCUGCCGGAAGUUGGCUGUGGCCCACCCCAUCCUGCUGCUCAGGCACCUGCCCAUGAUCGCUGCGCUCCUUCACGGCCGCACCCACCUCAACUUCCAGGAGUUCCGCCAGCAGAACCACCUGACCUUCUUCCUGCACGUGCUGGGGGUCCUGGAGCUGCUGCAGCCUCAGGUGUUCCAGAACGAGCACCAGGGGGCGCUGUGGGACUGUCUGCGCUCCUUCGUCCGCCUGCUGUUGAGUUACAGGAAGUCUUCCCGCCACCUGGCGCCCUUCAUCCACAAGUUCGUGCACUUCACACACAAGUAUGUGACCUGCAAUGCCCCGGCGGCCGUCUCCUUCCUGCAGAAACAUGCGGAUGCGCUGCACGACCUGUCAUUCGACAGCAGCGACCUGGUGAUGCUCAAGUCUCUCCUUGCAGGGCUGAGCCUUCCCAGUAGGGACGGCAGAGCCGACCGGGGCCUAGACGAGGAGGGUGAGGAUGAGAGCUCAGCUGGCUCCCUGCCUCUGGUCAGCGUCUCCCUGUUCACCCCCCUGACGGCAGCAGAAAUGGCCCCCUACAUGAAGAGGCUUUCCCGGGGCCAGACUGUUGAGGAUCUGUUGGAAGUUCUGAGUGACAUAGAUGAGAUGUCUCGGCGGAGACCUGAGAUCCUGGGCUUUUUCUCGACCAACCUGCAGCGCCUGAUGAGCUCUGCUGAGGAGCCCUGCCGAAGUCUGGCCUUUGGCCUGGCCCUGCGCUCCAUCCAGAACAACCCCAGCUUUGCAGCGGACUUCUUGCCCACAUUUAUGUGCUGCCUGGGCAGUCGGGACUUCGAGGUGGUGCAGACGGCCCUCAGGAACCUACCCGAAUACACCCUCCUUUGCCAAGAGCACGCAGCCGUCUUGCUGCACCGGGCCUUUCUGGUGGGCAUGUACGGGCAGAUGGACACCAGCGUCCAGAUCUCGGAGGCCCUGAGGAUCCUGCACAUGGAGGCGGUGAUGUGAGCCGGGGUGGCAGCCUGACUGCACGCCAGCCCUGGGUCCCUCUGCUGGUCACCUGCUGGUCUCCUCCGGGGCAGGGAGGGUGCCCAGCCGCCACAGAGCUGAGCAGGGGCAGCACCCAGAGCCCACGGCUGGUGACUCCCUGCCUGCACAGUGACGGAGACAUGGUCCAACGCCAGCAGACGCUGAUGUCUCAGAGAGCCGUGACAAGGAACUGGUUUUAAAUGAAACAUUCUGAAUUCCGA